GUCUUGCGUGCAGUCACUGUAAUUAUAGCUCUCUCUGGACAGUGUCCUGCAGAAGAGCCACUUUGCUCUGCCCCCAGGCCUCAGCAGCUAGUGGAUCACUCCACAGAGCAAUGCCUCCCUUGUGUCACUGGCAUGGAGAGAUGCAGGUUCACUUGCCCUGCGUAGGGGCUUAUCUAGGGCUAAGCUAGGGGGACGGACAAAUAGCAAAGCCAGCCUCAAUCCAGCCAGCCGGUCUAAGGGCACAGAGAGCCAUCUGUCCCUUCUCUGAGCAAUAACUGACAACAAAGGGGGUCAAACUUUUAACGAGGACUGUAAAACUAGAGGACUAUUCAUUCUGGAGUGACAAAGAAGAGAGGAAGAGGAACAAAUAUUUAUACUAAAACAGCAGGUGUGGCAUGCCGGGCAAAGCGUUGUCUUCAUCUAUUGGUGUAGAGUGUUGUAUGAAGCUGAGUGUCUAGACCGUUGAUAAGUGUGAAUAUGUCUGACAAGGAAGGUGGGGCCUCAGAGGGGGGGCUGAACGUUACCCUCACUUUACGGCUUCUGAUGCAUGGGAAGGAGGUAGGCAGCAUAAUUGGAAAGAAAGGGGAAACCGUCAAAAAGAUGAGAGAGGAGAGUGGAGCUCGCAUCAACAUUUCAGAGGGAUCUUCUCCAGAGAGGAUUGUUACCAUCACCGGACCAACAGAGGGCAUCUUCAAAGCUUUCUCUAUGAUCGCUGAGAAGUUUGAGGAGGACAUUACAGCUGCAAUGACAAACAGCACGGUAACAAGCCAUCCUCCAGUGACACUCCGCCUUGUGUUCCCAGGGAGUCAGUGUGGCUCCUUGAUAGGCAAAGGAGGCUCCAAGAUCAAGGAGAUCAGAGAGACCACAGGUGCUCAGGUGCAGGUUGCAGGGGACAUGCUGCCAGAAUCCACUGAGAGAGCUGUCACUAUCUCAGGCACUCCUCAGGCCAUCACACAGUGUGUCAAACACAUCUGCUCUGUCAUUCUGGAAUCACCGCCCAAAGGACCAACUAUCCCAUAUCGCCCCAAGACCAUGCCAGGAGCCGGCCAUCCAGUAUUUCAACAACAACAACAACAACAACAUGCUUCACAAGCCUUCACAAUUCAAGGACAGUAUGCGUUUCCACAUCAAGAUUUGACCAAGCUUCACCAGUUGGCUAUGCAGCAUAUCCCCCUCCCUUCCCUUGGGCAAAGCAACCCUACCUUCCCUGGAAUGGAGGCCCCUGUCCCCACAAGUUCUCAGGAGCUGGCAAUACCCAAUGAUUUUAUUGGCAGCAUAAUUGGCAGACAAGGCAGCAAGAUCAAUGAGAUUCGCCAGGUGUCAGGAGCUCACAUCAAGAUAGCCAGUGCCACGGACGGAUCGCCCGUGCGCCAAGUCACAAUCAUAGGCUCUCCUACCAGCAUCAGUGUGGCACACUACCUCAUCAAUGUCAGCUUAGAGAUGGCUAAAUACACCAUGCAGGCUGCUUCCUCUGCGUCGUCUGUUGACCUCAGCAAUAUGAGCUUCUCUCAGUCCGCUCCCACUGUCUCCACACCCACCUCCAUGGCUGUCAUGGCCGCCGCCACCCAAGUCCCUGGCACCAUUAACAUGCACUCCCCCUCCACCUUACAGUCCAUCCCCACCCAGCACUAUGCUGUCCCCGUUUCUAGUCUGCUUGGCAUGAAAACGCUCCCUAUGCUGGCUAUGCACCCAGCAGCUGCCUCAGGGCUCCCGCAAGGUCUAUCCCCUUACACCACUAAGAUUCCUACUGCUGGCAUGAAAAAACCUGAGCGCCAGAAGUUUGCCCCAUAUUGACAUAUGGGAUAAGAAUUGAAUUCCCCUUCCAAAAACAAGUUUGGGGUCAGUACUGCAUAACACUUGUUCCCUGUUUCAAAGCUUGAUUAAGAUAUAUUGACUGUAUGCAGAGGCCUCAUGCCCGUAGGGGGGACAGGGGCGUGUUCCCCCCUCAGAUUUGUCUUGUUGAAAAAUAUUUUUGUUGUUGUUUCUCAUAAUACUACUAGCCACCUAGCAAUUGUAUGAAGUUGGCUUCAGGUAGCACAGAUAGGUUCCCAAUCUUCCACCCUCAUUACUCGCUACCAAGAAGCCAUUUCAGGAUAUAAAUAAAGUUAGAGUAGCUAGUUGGCAAGGUUGCCUGCUCACAUUCAUUUCAAUCUUUUAUCAAGACUUUAGCAGAGCUGCAGAAAAGCAUAUACGAGGUACGCUGAGAUAUGCAGAAAAAUAAACAUAUUUUUGGCAUAUAAUUAAGCAUAAUGAUUAUUCUCUAGAUGGCAGGAAAAAGCUUUCAGCUGUUUGACAAACACACACACACACACACACACACACACACACACACACACACACACACACACACACACACACACACACACACACACACACACACACACACACACACACACACACACACACACACACACACACACACACACACACACUGUAGUGUAACAGUAUUGGCUGCAACUGUAAGUAAAGCUAAAUACCUACUUGUGUAUCUGAACAUACAUAACAAUACACAGGCAUUUCUCAAGCUUACAGUAUGUGAUGCACAGAAACAGCUGAUCCUUCCAGCAGAACAGUUUUUUCCGAUAUUAUGUACUGUAUUUUGUUUUGAAUCGCUGUAAAUAGUUGGCCAAUGAUGUUGUUAGGAAAAGGUCAGUUCCAAACAGGAAUUGACACUGUGCCAGCUGCUGACCAUUGGUAGGGUAACUGUUUGGUAACACUUUACUUGACACCCAGUGUCAUAACAUGUUAUGACACGGCCAUAACCAUGUCAUAAUAUGUCCUAACAGCUGACAUAAUGUGUCAUAACCUGUUAUAAUAUGGUCAUAACACUGUCAUGACCCAUAUAUUUACACCUCUUGCGUUCUUUUAUGGCUGGUUAUGACACCUACAUAAGAGUGUCAAAACCCACAUUUAUUCAAAUGAGUUUUUUCACUGCCGAGAAGUUUCAUUUAGUUUGAAUCUUUCUUUCUUAAGUCCUUUGUUGUUGUUGUAAGAUAUUUUUUACAGUCAUGUUUCUUUUUUUAUCAUCAUUUUUCAAAAAUGAUCCUGUAGAAAAUAAAGCUUAGUGCACUGCCUUGAAGCAUUAUGACCAUCCUGUGACACUUUACUUGGACUAAGAAAAUACAAUUUAUGAAACUGUCAAGAAGCAUUAUGACCAUCCUAAUCAUACAAGCCAGAUCGGCCUAUCACGUACAUGCCCUUAUAACAGUCAUCAAUCAAAAAGAUGGUGUCUUGUCCUGCUCCUGCAAUCUGAUCGUACAUUCAUCCCAGUCAUCAGCAACAGAGCAUUGGGGUAGGUGUAUGUCUGACAUCAAUGUGUGCGCAAUUAAAAUGAUCAUUUAACAUGGUAACAUACAUAAACAUACUGUUGACACGUAGGCUAGGAUGUAAUGGAAUGUUUUGCCUUGUGUGGUAGGUUUUGAGGUUUUUGACACUCUUAUGUAGGUGUCAUAACCAGUCAUAAAAUAACGCAAUAUAUGUCACAACAGGUCUAAAUCUAUGUGUCAUGACAGUGUUUUGACCAUAUUAUAACAGGUUAUGACAAGUUAUGUCAGCUGUCAUGACGUAUUAUGACAUUUUUAUGACCGUGUCAUAACAUUUGUGACGCAGGGUGCCAAGUAAAGUUAUUACAGUGAGGUUUACUGUAACAAUGGUUUUUCCGCUUGGUCAUGUUUCCUCCUCUCCUCCAAUAGGCUCUCGUCAGUGGUUACAGACUUGGGUGCUCUGUAGUAUUGUUACACAUGCAGUGCUGAUGGGAUUACUCUAAAGCCACAUUGGAUUCUUGUGGUUUUGAAUCUACACAAUAACCCUGUAGAGUGGGACUGGCCUAACUAAUUCCUAUAGUUCUGUUUUUGCCGCUUGGUUUUCUCCGAACUGAAGUCAAAAUGAACAAAACUCUACCGUCCAAUUCAUAUUCCACUCUGCUCUCAAUAUCUGUGGUUGAUGCAGCACACUAUUGUAACAACGUUGUGUUUAUGUUCGUGUUUUUAAUUCGGUUCUACUCUUUGUUUUGUCGAUGAGCUCUUAUGAUUUGUUAUAUUUGUCCCCGACAUGAAAUGACUUUUAAAUAAAUCAAGCUUUUUACGAAUACAAA